AUGUUAAUCAGAGUCAGAUCAAGAGAUGGCAACUUUCGAUACCCUAUGGAACCCACUUCAGACGUAUCUGAAUUAUUGGCCAAGAUUCUAGAAUCCUCUCCCGAUGCAGACCCCGAAACCGUCACAAUCUCGAACCAACCUCGCGGAAAUGAGGCGCUAGUGUCCACGUUGAAAGGAAGGACUCUCCAGAAUCUCGGAUUGAGCCACGGAGAUUUGGUCUUCGUGAACUAUAAACCGAAAUCAGCAGAGUCGAGCCAAACCACUGCACCCGCUGCGGCACCUCCUACGUCGAGCAGUGCGGUCUCGACAACCCGCCCAUGGGAGCUUGUAAAGGAAGAUCCAGUCGACGAGUACUGGAGGUCACAGUCGGGGAAGAUAGCAAGAAGUCGCGAUACCCAGUUCUGCAAACAUGGCCUAAAAGGAAUGUGCGAUUACUGCAUGCCUCUGGAGCCCUAUGAUGCCGCAUACCACAAGGAGAACUCGAUUAAACAUCUCUCGUAUCACGCCUAUCUUCGAAAACUUACCCCGAAGCAGACCCUAUCCAGUACAUCUGUACUGCCUCCCUUGAACCCUCUUUCCUACAAGGUCAAAGUACCUUGCCCGACAGGCAACCAUCCCCCGUGGCCGGCUGGUAUCUGUACUGGCUGUCAACCAUCUACCAUUACUCUCCAAUCGCAGCCAUUCCGGAUGGUAGAUCAUCUCGAGAUUGCUUCCAUGGACAUCAUCGACCGAUUCCUACAGGCCUGGCGAAAGACGGGCAUGCAACGAUUUGGAUGGCUCAUUGGUCGGUACGAACCCUAUGACAAGGUCCCUAUGGGCGUGAAGGCUGUGGUCGAGGCAAUCUAUGAGCCUCUACAACAAGGCGAAAUCGAUGGCUUAACUUUGGCUUGGCCUUGGGAAGAAGAGGCUCGUAUUCGGGACCUCUCAUUCAACGCAUCGACCCCACUCAGCAUUGUCGGCUACAUCUUCACAGAUCUGGAUCCUACUCCGGAAGAUCGAACAAAGAACGUGUACAAACGUCAUCCACAAUCCUUCUUUCUGUCGUCACUGGAAGUCAUUUUUGCUGCGACUUUGCAAGCGAAGAAUCCAAUCAACUCGAAAUCAUCGCCGACAGGGAAGUAUGCUUCCCGACUGGUCACCGCUGUUUUGACCGCAACGGAGGACGGGCAGGUGGACGUAUCGGCGUAUCAGGUUUCGGAACAAGCUGUUGCAAUGGUAGAAGCGGACAUGAUUGAAGCAAGUGUGGACCCUGGGAUCGUUCGCGUUAAAGAAGAGAACAGGGAAGAGGACUCUGCAAGAUACGUUCCAGACGUAUUUUUCUCCUACAAGAACGAGUAUGGGUUAGAGGUGAAGAAGAGCGCAAAGCCGGCAUUCCCUGUCGAAUAUCUGUUGGUCAACGUAAGAGCUUUCCAGGUCACCCACGGCUUCCCACAAGUCCCGUCGCCCAUGUUCCGCUCGAUACAAUUCCCGAUCGAGAACAGGCCAGGAUUGGAAGACCAAACGGUCGAGAAGGUGAUGUCCGAGUUGUCCAAGCUAGAGGCGCCUUCUAUCCAACCUGGCGAAGAUUCAUACAAGAAGAAAGAACUAGCGUAUUGGCUCAGCGAUUUCCACUUGGCGGCCUACCUUCAAACGACCCAACUAUUCUCGGUGGACGAUGUCAAGGUCAUGAUGAAGACGAUCACCUCACCCAAGCUAGAAGAGGACCCCUCAGCUUUGGACCCUCUCCUUUCUACCGAUGGAUGGCAGACUCUGAUGACCUUUACUCGAGAGAGUGCACCUGCACGACCGAUAUCCUCGGCCCCUGCAGGCUCUAGCUCGUCGGCAAUGGACGUGGAUGAUAUCCCGCCCGAGGUGUUUGACCAAAUUGCAGCAGACGACGCUGCACGUACUGGAAGUGCGGGCGGUAUCAAGAUCUGCCCCCAUUGUACCUUUGAGAACACUCACAGCGGAAGUGAUUGCGAAGUCUGUGGGCUUCCACUGUGAUAAGGAAUGUAGUAUCCUGGAGUAAUGGAAAGGAGCCGGCGGAUUUGAACAUUGUACUGUAGCCCUUUGCAUCGCGGUCUUCCUUCGCACCUCGUGUAUUCCAAAAUCAAUCGAACACCACCGGAUUGGA